UGUGACAAUAAUAAAGACACCAUAUUUGAGAAACCAAUCAUCAUUGUGUCAUGCAGUGACUCCCAUAUAUGUUUUCCCAUAGCCAAUAGUUGCGUUGGUUGAAGUCAAAUUGUGAAGACAGUAUACUGUAUACGGUAUAUCUAAUUUGUCUAUGAACAGGUUGGAGCGCAUGACUGAGGAGUUGUCUAUACAUCUGCGCGUAAAUGGAAGAGGUAUGUUCAGUGGAACAACGUCUGCAACCGCAGUAUAUUUGAAGUAAAUAGAAAGUUUUUUUUUUUUCUCACUUUCUAUGUUACUGAGUCAUUGUUCAGGAUAUUCGAAGACCGUACGCGUAACCGACCAUGCAGGGCUGGGUGUGACUGAGGCCAGUCUGCCGUCUGUGAGGCCCUAGCUAGAGAUGGACAUUGAGGUGGGCAUCCUAGAGGAGGACAUGGAAGGCUCGUGGACCUUGCUGUCGUGGCUGGCCUCCUGUGUGAUGGUGUUUGGAGGGGCCCUGCCUUAUGUGCCUCAGUACCAGGAGAUCCAGAGGAGCAGCAACACUGAGGGAUUCUCCACCCGUGUUUGCCUGCUGCUGCUCAUCGCCAACAUCCUACGCAUCUUCUUCUGGAUAGGGAAGCAGUUUGAACUGACUCUGCUCCUCCAGAGUGUGGUAAUGAUCAUCACCAUGCUAGCUAUGCUCCACCUUUGCUGCAACAUCCAGCAAGCCAAUCGGAUCAGCACCAACCAGCACCACUUCACAGAUCUGGACCUGCGCUACUUCUGGAGCUGGAGUGCGUUUGAGGACUACCUGCUAUUUUGUUUUGCCUUCACGGUGCUGUGUGCCUUCCUCACCCUUCUCCUGCUGGACUCUGUGCUGUUCGUGGAGGGCCUGGGCUCCCUGGCCGUGCUGUUUGAGGCCAUGCUGGGGGUGCCACAGCUUCUGCAGAACUUCCACAACCACUCCACCCGCGGCAUGAGUGUGAAGAUGGUGCUGCUGUGGACUGCUGGAGACAUUUUCAAGACGACGUACUUUGUGAUGAACCACAGCCCGUCCCAGUUCUGGGUGUGUGGAGCAGUCCAGAUCCUCAUAGACAUUGCCAUCCUGCUGCAGGUGCUCUUUUACGGCCAGGACAUCAGGGUCAAACUGGGAUGAACCCUAUGACCUUAUCAUCCUCCAAUACAUCAAUGCUCUUAAUCAAAGACUUAUACCUAAACGUGUGUGCCUUAACAUGUUUUUUUUUUAAAGAUAUUAGAUGGAGAAUGCCAGAGAGGUAUUGUGUAUGUUUUACUAUUUGAUACCAGUCAUUUGUGUCUUCAUAGGUCAUUUGCUUUGCUAGUUACUGAAGGGCAGUGUGUGUCCAUCAGUCAAUCUCUACCAGUUCCACAGGCAGCUUGAACGACACGACAGGCUACUCUGACUGAUGCCUCCUUCACUGUGUACCUCAGUGUGUUUUUAAGAUUAAAUAUAGACAUGUAUAUAUGUGUGUGUCAGUGUGUGUGCGUUUCAGCAUGAAUUGAUUUUAGCCAUUGGCAUUCUCCAAUGCCACAGGGGCGCUAGGGCACUGCAUCGCAAUGCUAGAGGCGUCACUACAGAUCCGGGUUCGAUCCCAGGCUGUAACCGGCCGUGAUCGAGAGUCCCAUAGGG